GUACGGUGGGGAAGCAACUCAAAGUUAAAUCACAUUCUGUGGCUAUUAAUGUUUCGGGGAAUCUUUCAACCUGUUUAAUGAUAAUCAUCAACAAACGAAUACGUCAUUUUCAUGCUUAAUCUGCAUUAAUCUCAGUUGCUGCUGUACGGAAUUUCCUGUCGCUCGUUUACGAAGAAUUUCUUAUUCAGAAUCUUCAAAAAUGGGCAACUGGCAAUUAGAAGUGUUUAAAAUGAUGUUGUACACGGCAUUUCCAGUUGUUCUGUUCCAUUACUUCAAUCAACCAGAGAAUUAUGAGAAAUGGGUCGUUCAAGUACGUAAAGAACGAUUUCCAAAGGACUCGCACGAGAAACGACGUAUAAUGGCUGAAUUUUUGGAAAACAUGACCCAAGAGACGUCUUUACAAGAAAUAGAUGAACUCGAUGCUAAACUGAAACGUUUUGACUUAUAAUAAGGAUAUUAUUAACAUAAGGAUAGAAUGUUCAUAAAGUACAAUCAGUAAAGUAUAAAAAAUAAUUAUUUGGUAAUUUACUUACAAAGUGUAGUAAAGAUUCGUGCUUUACCAAACUGUGCUGUAUCAAAGGCUAUCACAUUUUGAAUUUAUAUCGUAUUGUUAAAGCAUAAAUAAUUUUGCAUUUGUAUGAUGCAAGUUUUCUAUUGA